AGAGGGCAUCCAAGGCUCUCUCUUGGGUUGGGUAUGUCUCUUCCUGCCUCUCCCCGCUCCCCUGUGUCUCACAGGGUGGUGUGCUAUUGUUUGUACAGAGGAGGAAGAGUGCAAGCAAGCAAGAACAACAGCAGUAACAGUAGCAGUAGCAUCAGGCAGCCACACAGGAGCUACUGCCAGCCCCUGCACAGCCUGGGUUCUGAUCAUUGAUUGACAAAAACCCAGCUAUUACAUUCCCUUUUUAUAUUUUAUGCACGCAUACAUUGAUACAUAUAUAAUCCCACCCAUCCCUGUACUUACUCCUUGUUUCUUGGCACCUUUCUGUGCUUCUAGAUUUCCUUGGAUUCCAUAUAGGCAGGCCAUUCAUUUGCUCUGAUAGCUGCCUAGUUUUAUCCUCUUCUUGGUUUCUUGAUUUUUGUGGGCUCUUGGCUCCCUGUGUUCAAUCUUGCCCCUCGCUCUUUGCCUGAAGAUUGCAAUCUUGUCGAGCUUUUCUUUGAAUUCUUCAUCUUCUUGUUGCUGGGAGCCAUGGAUGAGAGGAUCCCACAGCCCCCGUUGUUCCAGUACUCACCAUCCGGAAUCCAUUCUUCCCCUCAUCACAACAAUCCCUUGAGGUCUUCUGCCUCCGAGAGGGAGAGAUAUCUUGCUGAAUUACUUGCCGAGAGGCAGAAAUUAGCCCCGUUCAUGCAAGUUCUUCCUUUCUGUAACAGGCUUCUAAACCAAGAAAUUUUGCGGGCAUCUUCUUUGCCACCUAACGCAAAUUUUGUUGAACCUGAGAGAAUCGAUCAUGGUAGCCCAAGCCCAUUAAGAUUAGCUGGCCACCCAAUGAAUGGUCAACCAAUGGAUCUAGAGGGAUGGUCUGGAAUGCAAACAAAGCAUUUGGGAGUACUCCAGUCGUCAUCCAUGAGCUGGAAUGGUGCUCCUGGAGUUGUUGGCAACCCUGUGGUGAAAAAAGUUGUCAGGAUAGAUGUUCCUGUUGACAAGUAUCCCAAUUUCAACUUUGUCGGUCGUUUGUUGGGGCCACGUGGGAACUCCCUGAAAAGAGUUGAAGCUACAACCCAAUGUAGAGUAUUUAUUCGUGGACGGGGUUCAGUGAAAGAUUCUGUUAAGGAAGACAAGUUCAGAGACAAGCCUGGCUAUGAGCACUUAAAUGAUCCACUGCAUGUGCUUGUGGAAGCUGAGUUCCCGGCAGAUAUCGUUGAUUCCCGACUAAACCAAGCUGUGGCCAUAUUGGAGGAUCUUCUCAAACCAGUUGAUGAGUCCAUGGACUACUACAAGAAGCAACAGCUGAGAGAAUUGGCUAUACUGAAUGGCACUCUAAGGGAGGAAAGCCCAGGCCCUCACCUUAGUCCCAGUGUGUCCCCCUUCAACUCUACCGGGAUGAAGCGUGCGAAAACAGGACGCUGAUCUUAUUUCUGAUAAUGAAUUGCCUGAGGUGAUCAUGACUCGAAUAUCAGAUUACAAACGUUGCUCCACUGCUGGAGAUGAUUGCUGGUGCAUAUGAAGGAUGAGUACAGUUGGCUCCAGGCCUGUCAUGAUAUGCGCUUUACCGCAGAUGCCCUUGAAUGAACAAUUUGAUGUCGAAGAUAUGUGUCUGCUUGUGGGCUUGCUGUUAGGUCUUAUUAUUCUUUGUGUAUCUGACUUCUGAAUAUUAACAUUAUUGAUUGGCUGGUUCUAGAUUUGGGAUUAAAGUGUUGGGGAAAUAAUCAGGUUUUGUCUGUACAAGGAAUGGUUCCAGUAUGUUAAAAGGGUUGAUGUUCCUGUGGACUACUGUGAUCGAUACAACUCUCAAUAAGAUUAUUGCACUGGUGUAUUC